CUAAUCUGUGAAUUCCAAUUUAGAACGACGAAUAGAAAAAGGAGGAAAAUUCCAUUAAAAAAAAAAAGGAAAACAAAAGGAGGAAAAUCAUAAGAAGCGAUGAAUCCGAGUUUCUUUUCUCAACCGGAGGGAGAAAGAGAAAACAGAAUACCUAGAACAUAGAAAGAAAGCGGUUGGAAAAUCACAGAUAGAGCAGAAAAUAUAGAGAGCAAAAAACAAGAUUAACGAUUCCUUAAAAGGAGGUGUGGUGUAGUCUAAUCCGCCAUCUCCAAUUCUUUCCUUUUCCUUUUUGUUUUCUCGCCGGUGAACCUCCAUUUUUUCCGAUCUCCGCCACCCCAUGCGGCGAGGAGGAAAAUCUUCAGAUCCAACGAGAACACGAAUUGACCAAAAGCAACGUCCUCCUUCACAUCUCCAAGAAGUCCGAUUCCGGGGUGUUCGGAAGCGUCCGUGGGGCCGAUUCGCCGCCGAGAUCAGAGACCCCUGGAAGAAGACUCGCGUCUGGCUCGGCACCUUCGAUUCCGCCGAGGAGGCCGCUCGCGCCUACGACGCCGCCGCCUGGUCGCUACGCGGACCAAAAGCCAAGACCAACUUCCCAAACCCUAACCCUAAUUUCCACGACGAGAGGGUCUCUUCCAAGAUCGACGUGAUUCAGGCCAGCAGGCCCACCUCCAGCAGCCUCAGCAGCACCGUCGAGUCGUUCAGUGGGCCCAGGGUCUCGGCCCAGGCUCCGGCUCCGGCUCCGAGGCCUCAUCGACGGCCCGUUAGAGUUGUCCCGCCAGAUGAUUGUCACAGCGACUGCGACUCGUCGUCGUCGAUGGUUGACGACGGUGACGAUUGUGUCCUUACGUCGUCGUCUUGCAGAGUCUUGCCGUUCGAUCUGAACCUGCCGCCUUCGCGGAUGAUGGACGACUCUGAUUGGUGUGGCGGCGGUGUUGAUGAUGAUGAGCUGCGAGCCACCGCUUUGUGCCUCUGACACUGUAUGCUUUGAUUGCAAUGGAUUUAAAGAACGGUCCUUUUUCAUUUUCUCGCUUAUUUUCUUGAGAAAAUUAUGAAAAAAAAGAAGGGGGAAAAUAU